CUUCCUCACCAUGGCCUUCCUCUGGAUCCUGUCCUGCCUCGCCUUCGUCAGCGCCGCCUACGGCUGCGGCACCCCUGCCAUCACCCCCCAGGUGUCGGGUUACGCCCGCAUCGUGAACGGGGAGGAGGCCGUGCCUCACUCCUGGCCCUGGCAGGUGUCCCUGCAGCAAUCCAGCGGCUUCCACUUCUGUGGGGGCUCCCUGAUCAACGAGAACUGGGUGGUGACCGCUGCCCACUGCAACGUGAGGACGUACCAUGUGGUGAUUGUUGGGGAACACAAUAAGGGCUCCGGCUCCAACGAGGACAUCCAGAAACUGAAGCCCGCCCAGGUGUUCACCCACCCCCUGUGGAACCCCCGCACCAUCACCAACGACAUCUCCCUCAUCAAGCUGGCCUCGCCCGCCCUCCUGGGACCCAACGUCUCCCCCGUGUGCCUCGCCGAGUCCUCCGACAACUUCAGCGCUGGGACCACCUGCGUGACCUCCGGCUGGGGGCUGACCCGCUACAAUGCUGCCAACACCCCCAACCUGCUGCAGCAGGCCUCCCUCCCCCUGCUGUCCAACGAGCAGUGCAAGCAGCACUGGGGCAGCAACAUCUCCGGAGUCAUGAUCUGUGCUGGAGGAGCUGGAGCCACUUCCUGCAUGGGAGACUCUGGUGGUCCUCUGGUCUGUGAGAAUGCCGGAGCCUGGACUCUGGUGGGCAUCGUGUCCUGGGGAAGCAGCCGCUGCUCCACCUCCACCCCCGCCGUCUACGCCCGCGUCACCGAGCUGCGCAGCUGGGUGGACCAGACCCUCGCCGCCAACUAAGCAGAGGAAACCCCCACUUGACAUACGACCCCCCCCCCCCCACCGAACCCCUGACCCCCAAACCCUAAUAAUAAAAACUCUGAAACUCACAUACCAUGUCUGUCUUUCAUUAAGGUUCCUCCGACUGAGGGGGAGCAGCUCUCACCCCGUCCCCCAACCCAAAAAUA